AUGAUAAUUGCUACAAAUCUAGGAAGCACAGCAAAGCUUAAGACAAAAAUUGUUGAUGGGAAAAGAAUGUUUGAAAGGUUCUACAUAUGCUUCAAGGCUUAUAAGGAGGGAUUCAAAGCUGGAUGCAGACCUAUAAUUGGUAUUGACAUCUUCUUUCUCAAGGGUUACUCUAAAGGCAUUUUACUAGUUGUUGUUGGAAUAGAUGGAGCUAAUGCAAUGUUUCCUAUUGCAUAUGCAAUGGCUGAGAAGGAAACUACAGAUAUGAUAAGGGACAGGCAAAAAGGGUUGGAGAAUGCAAUUGGUUCUAUUUUCACUGGUGUGGAGGUCAGGAGCUGUGUUAGGCAUAUCCAUGCCAAUUUCAAGAAAGAUUACCCAGGCCUUCUACUGAAGCAACAAUUGUGGGCAGCAACUACAAAGCCAGAAUUUCAUAGGAAAAAGAGGAAUAUAAAGGAUAUGAAGGAAGCUACUUAUAAUUGGGAUAAGCCUAUAGUGACUUUGUUGGAGAAAAUAAGAUUUUGGCUUAUGAAUCGAUUUUUUCAGAAGAAGGAAUCUAUUGCCAAGUGGACUCAGCCAAUUGGAAAGAAAAUAUUAGAGAUUAUUGAGAAACAUAAGGAAGUUGCAAAGAACUCUUUUGUAACUAGAGCUGGUACUCACAGAUUGCUGGUGAACUGUCAUAAUGGAGAUAUUUUGGUUGUUGAUAUGGAGAAAAAAACAUGCGAUUGUAGAAGGUACCAAUUAUCAGGUAUCGGAUGUGGCCAUGCUCUAGCAUGCAUAUGGAGCAAUGGACAUAAUGUCAUGGAUUACGUCCAUGAUUAUUACAAAAAGGAGAUGUUGCUCAAGGCAUAUGCAGGGAUUGUUGAGCCCAUGCCUAGUUCGAACUUGUGGCCAGAAACUGGUUUGAACUCGAUCUUUCCACGAAAAGAAUCCAACAUGCCAGGGCGGCCAAAGAAAUCUAGAAAAGAGAUUGUGGUGAGCCACCUAAAGGUUCAACAAAGACUAGGAGGCAAAGGUGCAAAAAAAAGAGGUAGACCACGAGCCAAGAAUCCCACCGAGGAGACUGUGAAAAGGAAUGAAAGGAAAAGGAAGCAAAAGCUAGAAAAAGUGGUGCUGCAUGAACAACUUCCAUCUUGGCUGAUGCAUCUUGCAUGA